UUAAUAAUCCAAAAAUCAACUUCUUAUGAUAUCGGGUUUCUCUCAUGUUACAACCUCUUGCCGUUUUUAUAGGCCAAAUAAUUAUGAACCACGUUCUUGCGAUUCCUGACUGAACUAUUUUGUUUUUGAAUAUUUUUGAUUAAAAAUUUAGUAAAAAAUUUUUAAAAUAAUUUAUUGCAUUUUUUAUUUUAAUUUCAUUAAUUUUUAGGUAUGGGAUUUUAUGAUUGUAUUGUACCUUCAGUAAUUGUUAAAAAUAUGUUACAAAAUGCUGCAUGGACUUCUCCAUAUACUCCUUAUCAACCAGAAAUAGCACAGGGACGCUUAGAAAGUCUUUUAAAUUUCCAGACUAUGAUAUCUGAUUUAACUGGUUUACCCUUUGCAAAUGCUUCAUUGUUAGAUGAAAGUACUGCUUGUGCUGAGGCUAUUGCUUUAGCUGUUCGUCUAACUAAAAGGAGAACAAUCCUUUAUGAUACUGGAUUACAUCCACAAAAUAUUGGUGUAAUGGCUACACGUUCAGAACCAAUGGAUAUUAAUUUUCAACCAUUGAAUAUUAACGAUAUAAAUGUUAAUAAAAAGUUUGGGGAUAAUAUUGCUGCAAUUAUUUUACAAUAUCCAAACACAGAAGGGUUAAUUUAUGAAGAUUUGGAUUUAUUAAUUCUAUGCGCACAUAAAGAAAAGAUUCUCGUUAUAAUGGUUUGCGAUUUACUUUCUCUCACACUUUUACGUUCUGCCGGAGAUUUGGGUGCAGAUAUUGCAGUAGGUAGUGCUCAACGGUUUGGACUUCCUCUUGGCUAUGGCGGGCCUCAUGCUGGUUUUAUGUCUGUUGCCAAUUUAGCUUUGGCUAGACAAAUGCCUGGAAGGAUUGUUGGAGUUUCUAGAGAUCAACAGGGAAAUAUUGCUUAUCGAUUAACUCUCCAAACUAGAGAACAGCAUAUACGAAGAGAUAAAGCAACCUCCAAUAUUUGCACUGCUCAAGCACUUCCUGCUAAUAUUUCGGCAAUGUUUGUGCUUUUUAAAUUGUUUGACCGAGAGAUAUUGAGAGGAUUUUAA